AUGGUUAAAAACACUUCAAUCAACACCUUAGUGGUGUCUUCAUACAAUGGCGAUCAACACAACGCCUCAGUUGCUCCGUUGUACCAAACAACCACGUUUAAGCAGAACUCUUUGACCGAUAUGGGAGAGUACGACUACACAAGAUCUGGUAACCCGACCAGAACUCUUCUUGAGCAAAAACUGGCAAAGAUCAUGAAAGCUGAGAAGGCAUAUGCUGUUACAAGUGGUAUGGGCUGCUUGGACGUGAUCACGAGACUCCUCGGUCCUGGUGACGAAGUUAUUGCUGGUGAUGACUUGUACGGUGGUACCCAUAGAUUACUCACUUUUAUGCACAAGAAGGGCGCCAUCAAGUUGAAACACAUCGACACUACCAACACUGAAGUGGUCAAGAAGACAUUGACCAAGAACACCAAAAUGAUAUUCCUCGAGUCCCCAACCAACCCUUUGAUCAAAGUUGUCGAUUUGCCAGCAAUCUCAAAGUUUAUCAGAGCCAACUACCCAAACUGUCUCAUUGUCUUUGACAACACCAUGAUGACGCCUUUGUUGAUUUCCCCACUAGAUUAUUGCGAUAUCCAGUACGAAUCCGCAACCAAAUAUCUGAAUGGUCACCACGAUAUCAUGGCUGGUGUCAUUGCCGCCAGAGAUCCAAAGAUCAUCCAGGACUUGUACUUUGUAAUCAACGCCACCGGUUGUGGGUUAGCUCCAUUCGAUUGUUGGUUAUUACUCAGAGGAUUGAAGACAUUGUCUAUCAGAUUUGAAAGACAGCAACAGAACGCUUUGAAGUUGGCGGAGUGGUUGGAGAAGAUUGGUUUCAAGGUGAGAUUCCCAGGCUUGAAGUCACAUCCACAGUACGCACUGCACAAAUCCUUCAACAAAGGGUUCGGUGCGGUCUUGUCCUUUGAAACCGGUUCCAUCAAGCAAUCAGAGGCUAUCUGUGAAGGUACCGCUAUUUUCGGUGUCACUGUUUCCUUUGGAUGUGUCAACUCCUUAAUCUCCAUGCCAUGUAAGAUGUCCCAUGCAUCCAUCGAUGCAAAGACCAGAGCUGAGAGAGCCCUUCCUGAGGAUUUGAUUAGACUCUGUGUCGGUAUCGAAGAUAUCGAUGACUUGGUUCAAGAUUUGGAACAAUCCUUGGUGAACAGUGGGGCCGUUAAGAAAGUUGGCAACCAACUGAUUAGACAAUACACUUCCAAGUUGUGA